UGCCUAUCGUGGUUGACUAUGCUCACGUGCCGGCUGGUGAGCACGGCUUUCGCAUGUAUGAAAUAAAGAAAUGAUUAAGAAACCAGAGUGAAUGAUGUCACUAACGUGGGAAAGACACCCGUUUCAUCGGGCUCAUCUGAAUCACUAUUGACUUAUUACCAUUCGUGAAAUCUGGGUUACAUUCGAUGCAGUUUACACAGCUGCUCCCCAAUAGCCGAGAAUGCGGAGAAAAGAUCGCCACAUCCUUGCGACAAUGCGUUCGUUGCGGGGAGAAGACCCGCUUCUCCAAGUACCGGCGAGUCAGUUUUCUACCGCUCAACCACUACGAACGGAGUUGAAUGCAAGCCGACACAUGUGCUACUCUACCAAACUUGUAUCCACGUGUUCCAAGCAACAACAUUGGCUUCUCUUUGUCUCGCCCACUGCUGCUUGGAGCUUUGCCCCAUGGCGACACCGGUCAUGAACAUGACUACCACCACCACUUCCCGAAAACGCAGAAACCCAUACACAACCGUGGCUUGCCAAGAAUGUAAACGACGAAAAGUCAAAUGUAGUGGCGAGAACCCCUGUGCGGGUUGCCAGCAGGUACAAGCGAUAUGCCUCUACGAGCGCAGCACACGGUUCCGGGCCGGCCGGCGCGGCUCCGUGGUAUCAUCGCGGUCUGAUGUGACUGCUGCUGUUGCUGCCGUAAGGAAAUCGAGCGGCAACGAAGAUGCGUUGUCCACCGUCGUUGUUGACGACGUGGGCGCGACUGCGAAUCCGGAUGGAGCCGAGUUAAGCCCGCAACCUAUUCGGCCCGGUAGUUCUGAUUACUACUUCAAUCUUGCGCAGCAGCUUCUCGUCGAUUCAAGCACGGCCAAUGCUGGCCAUGAUCAGGCCAGUGCAAGUCGGCGCUUUCCAAAAAUCGCACAGGAUCUGCGGGUGCUUAUUCAAGAACGCGCUGAACGCAAGCCACAGCCAUUGUUGUCGAUAAUUGCGAUGUCGCGAUGGUUAGAAAUAUUGGAUUUCUACGAGGAAGAGAUUGGCUUGUUAUAUCCAUUUCUCGAUGUAACCGACAUUCGCAAUCAGCUGCGGGAUGCAUCGUCGCACCUUCCCAACCCCGAAGACGCUGGACAAGAUAUCAAGCUUAGUCACAAGCUGGAAGAAGUUCUCGUCCUAGUGCUAGCAGUGAUGGCUGUACUCGAAGAGCCGGAUGUUAGUGGCCUAUGUGACGAGUUUGCGGAGCGAGUCAUGGUGGGUACCUGGCGGAGAGCACAUACAGGCAACGUCAGUGAUCACGAUGUGAACCUCAGUAUUCUCAUGAGCAUCUAUUAUUUCAUGACAGAUAGAGAGUCACUGGCUUGGCGAAAUAUCGGCUGUGUAGUGAGAAUGCUCCAAGAGCUUGGCUAUCAUAGUUCCACGGUCAUGCAGCAUCGCUUCAAGUCUAGAGAUGCUAGAGAAAGAGCGAAGAAGGUUCUGUGGUCUGCUUAUAUGCUUGAUCGACGGUGGAGCUUUGGGACAGGAUUGCCUUUUGCGAUUCACGAUUCCGACAUUGACUAUGAUACUGACUUCAUGGACGAGUCCCUUUCCUCAGCGUACCUGAAAGCUAUGGUCACUUAUUGUCGCAUCGCUGCGGAAGUCCGUGACUCGGCACUCGGCAUGCCCUCGCCGAACCAUGCCAAAGACUCUGCCCGAGACUUGCUUGACUUCAAGAUAGGGGAAUGGCGCCGUAACUUGCCCUCAUGUCUGCACUUUCAAGCCGACAUGGACUUUGAUCCUCUUGAGGGCACAAGAGGCCAAUAUCGUCUCCGCCUACUACUAUACUUAAGGGCGAAUCAAAUGCGAAUCAUUAUUCAUCGCAAAUCGGCACUUCGAUCAGGCAGUGACGCUAUCGAUACCUCGAGCAUCAAUGCCAUGGUACAAGUCGCUCAGGACACUAUUCGUGUACUGGAUAAGCUGAGUCAAGCAUCUAAUAUCUACCAUGCGCAGCAAAAGACAUUCAACCACUUUCUGGAGUCGGCUUUAUCGGCUUUGUUGUUGGUUACAUGCCGGUCAACAGCAAUGUCUGAUCGGUCUUGUGCGGCCGAGAUUCAACUCGCGUUAGAAGUCAUAGAGCGACUGUCGACGUCGUCAUCUAUAACACGGAAACUUGCCGACAAGCUCAGGUGCUUUGCGACUGCUAAUAGCGAUGCAAGGCAGCCGCCACAAGGAUCGAAGCGGAAGCAACCCACUACACUAUCUGGAAGAAGUACCACACAGGCAAGCAACCCCGGUCUAAUCACAAGCCAUAUAUCAAACUCGUCUAGGAAACUGUCAGACUUAUCAGCAGCCCGCAAUGAAAAUACAUCCCAGGCUAUGCAUAUUGACACUGCGGGUCAAGUUCUGUUCUUACCGAGAAACGAACAUCGUCAAAGUCCCACUAGCCAAUCUCCCAAUAGCUUUCCAAACACCUUUACAAUCCCAAAUCAGCAAUUGCUCCAGCACGAUGCACAAGCAAACUCCCUUGAUAUGGUCCCCAGUGAUCCGGUACCAUCUCUACUAUAUACUACUGGAUCUGGUAGCUCUGGAAUCUCACCAUCCAAUAACAUCCUUAUCGAACCGUCUCUGAUCGAUGUAGUAGACGGGCUUCAAUUACCGACAGUGGAAGAUUGGGAUGGUCUACUGCCGGAUCUUGGGGACUUCUGGAUGGACUAUGACAAGAUGAUCACAUUCUGAUCCUGGCAUCGCAAUCUGAGAUUAAUAUUGAGAACGGCCACAGGAAAGUUGU